UACAGUAAACUGUCAAAAGCUCGUCGCUCUAGAGCUGCGCGACGCCUUGCGAAGUAACGCGUAAAAGCGAGGCCAGGACGCCCCGGCGCGCCGUCCCCGGAGAGAGUGAUCAGGGCCGAGCGUCCGCGGACACCGCUAAAGCCGGAGUGUUUCAGAUCACCAACAGAAAGUGCCUUUGAGACGUCAUCCUCAACUUGAAGCUGGUCUGUGUAUAUGACAAGCUUAUACUCCCUUUAAGUCCAGGUUGGAGCACCAACACAGGAUACCUCAGCUGGAAGUCUUCUGCCUCCAUUUCCCUUUUGCACAACUUCAGCGUCAUUAGAAUCCAAAAAUUGAGAUUUAGUGAGGUGAUAGAUCUGCCAAAUGCUAAAAACCUGAGAAAUUUUACUUAACCUGACAGGUCUGCAGAUUUUUUUUCAUGAAACUCCUUUUAGCCCAUGAUAUUUAUGGGUUCUGUCAGUAAAGAGACACAUACUUGAAUGUGUAACAGAGUAAGCACCACUGUCCUUCCCUGAACGUUUGUUGGUCCAUGAUUGAUGGACAAAUUCUAGGAGACUGACCAGCCAUCUAGCCUAUGGACACCAGCUGAUGGAGGAAACACCAGGUCAUUCUAAUAGAGGACCUUUUACAUAAAGCCAAAAGGUCUUGAUCAGCAUACGAAUUUUUGGGUUACGCAGGGUACUAGUGAACAAUAUUAUUUGAGGUUUUAACUUGCAAUCCAAGAUUAAAUUCUCUGGACAUGGCUUUGAGUAUUUCCUCAAUAAGAGACACAAAAUGGCUUACUCUGGAAGUGUGUCGGCAGUUUCAGCGAGGAACGUGUUCACGUAGUGACGAGGAAUGCAAAUUUGCACAUCCACCAAAGAGCUGCCAAGUUGAAAAUGGGAGAGUUAUCGCCUGCUUUGACUCAUUAAAGGGUCGAUGCUCAAGAGAAAACUGUAAGUAUCUACAUCCACCUUCGCACUUAAAAACCCAAUUAGAGAUAAACGGGCGCAACAAUCUGAUCCAGCAGAAGACAGCAGCUGCCAUGCUGGCCCAGCAGAUGCAGUUUAUGAUCCCUGGGACCAGCCUGCAGCCUGUGCAGACAUUUCCUGUAUCCCAGGGGCUCGGUGCAAAUACUGGUCUUAGCUAUGCUCCUUAUGUUACACCCCUGAGCCAUGGAAUGGGCCUGUUACCCACAGAGAUACUCCCCAGCACCCAGGUCAUUGUCCCCGGAAGCCCGCCUGUCACAGUCCAGAGCUCCUCCUCCUCUUCCUCGUCCUCCUCGCAGAAGCUGCAGCGCACAGACAAGUUGGAGGUGUGCCGUGAGUUUCAGCGGGGAAACUGUGCAAGAGGAGAGACAGACUGCCGCUUUGCUCACCCUAGCGACAGUCCAAUGAUUGACACUAGUGACAACACUGUCACUGUUUGCAUGGACUACAUCAAGAGCCGCUGUUCCAGGGAGAAGUGCAAGUAUUUCCACCCACCUGCACACUUACAGGCCAAAAUCAAAGCCAGCCAACAGCAGGUCAACCAGACAGCCGUGGCAGCCCAGGCAGCAGCUGCAGCGAUGACUCAGUCGACUGCCAAAGCAAUGAAGCGACCCCUCGAGGCAACUGUAGACCUGGCUUUCCCCCCCAGUAUCCUGCAACCCCUACCAAAGAGACAAGCUCUCGAGAAGAGCAACGGGGCCACCUCCCUCCUCAACCCCAGUUUUUUGCACUACCAACAGGCUCUGGCCAAUGCACAGCUCCAACAUCCCACAGCGGCGUUCUUUCCCACAGGAUCAGUCUUGUGCAUGACUCCCUCUACCAGCGUUGAUCAUCCUCAAGUAACCAGCUGGAAAGGAAGUGCGUGUCAAGUUGCUGCUGGUAAAGGUCUUAAACUGUCCCUCUGUAAAUACCAUGUUAGCGCAACGUGCAAUCUACAACAAGCUGCAUGCUGACGAGAAGAUCACCAUGGGAAUGUCCGGAAAAAACGUCGAUCUUUCAUAUACAACACGAGGCCGAAUUGCUUGGAUCACAUUCUGUUCAUUAUGUUACAUGGAAUUAUUAAUUGUAUAGUAUACACAAAACUGGAGAUUGUAGAGACUCAAUCAUAUUGGUAAAUAUUUGUUUUCCCUUUCUUUUUUUAAUGUUUUGUGUUAACUUACAAAAAAGAAAUGUAUUUCUCACACUAAUGAUUGUUUAUCUAGUGCCACGUUUGAGUUUGUGUUGAGCAGAAUUCGGUGAGGAGCACUGGUGUUUUAAACUUGUGAAGAUCAAGUUCAGCAGUUCAGUUUGAAAGUUGCUUGAGAAUGUCACUGAGAAAAGGGGUCCCAGAACAGGGUCAGUACUCCACCUCCUGGCGUGCCUUUGCCUUGCAUCUAUGUUUGCUAAAAAAAAAAAAAAAUCAAAAAAACCAAAAAAACGUAACUAUAGACUGAGCAAGGCUCAGCGUUUUCGGUUUUUACCCAUUUUCACCGAAAAAUACCCAGAUUUUUAAACUGAUUUUCACCCGGUUUUUAUGUUUCCACAGAUCCAAAAGUUGUCCCUGUUCGUGUGAGGUUAUGUAACAGUGUCCUCUUGUGGUGACAUUCGGCAUGCUGGAUGGCUUUGAAAAAUAAAAACCGAAAACGCUGAGCCUUGAGAAUGAGGUAACGCUACUGAUAAAGUUUUGUGUGGGGUCAAGACGGAGAUACGAGCCGGAUGAAAUUUGUUCUUUUAUGAUUUAUAACGGCGGCACGGUGGUGCAGUGGUUAGCACGGUCGCCUCACAGCAAGAAGGUCCUGAGUUCGAGCCCUGGGGUAGUCCAACCUUGGGGGUCGUCCCGGGUCGUCCUCUGUGUGGAGUCCCCCCACAGUCCAGAGACAUGUUGGUCAGGUGAAUUGGCUGUACUAAACUGUCCCUAGGUAUGAAUGUGUGUGUCGGCCCUGUGAUGGCCUGGCGGCCUGUCCAGGGAGUCUCCCCGCCUGCCGCCCAGUGACUGCUGGGAUAGGCUCCGGCAUCCCGCGACCCUGAGAGCAGGAUAAGCAGUUCGGGUAAUGGCUGGACGAGGUAUAACAGUAUAUUACCAUGUGGACCAUCAGUUAGGAUGGUAGCUGGCCUGUUGCUGCAUCCCCAAGAAAACAGAUCCUGUGACAUCGGCCCUGCAGUCUGUUAAUAUGGACAACAGACAGACUGCGGUGCUGGACGUAGUGCUCUCACAGUCAGUACUGCAGUGAGAGCUCGAGUAUUGACUGGUGACAUUCAACCGAAAAGAUCCUGGUCGCAAGUUAGUUUAGUUUGUGGGCUAUUAAUCUUAAUCCUAAAGUGACAAAUUCAGUUGUUAAAUCACGUUUUCUUUGAAUGUUAGAAGUGCCUAAAGAGAUGUACAUACAUGACGACUAAUCUUGGAAAGACUGGUGUGAAAAUUACUCAACUUUUACCUGUGCAAUGCAUCUCCUCCACACUCCCAGUUCUUUCUCUUUUCGGAGGGCAGUCAACGUGUCGUGUGACGCUAACUCAGUGCAUUAGUUCUCUGUGAGUGUCUUGGCAAACCUUAAACGAUACUCACGUUUCUGUGUACUCCACUUAUUAUCCAGAGUAAUGUUGUUUUGUUUUAUUUUGAAGAGGAAUGACAUUUAAAAUGGAGGUGUUGUGAAAUACAGUGGGUUGGGUGGGGCUUAUCUCUCUUUAGUCUCGGUCUGUGUGACGCACAGUAACCUCGCUUUGUCUGACAUGUCAGGUCAGACGCCAGACGGCGGGUGUUGUGGUGGCGGCAAGGUGUGUGAUGAUGACCUUUUAUCACAUUAUGCAAUUCAGAGUCCUUCACAGAGGUCAGUGUGGCGAACUGUGGGCGCGCCGGUCUGCUCUGCGGCACACGCCGGCGGGGUGGACUCUUUAUCCAGGAUGUAAACGAAAGAAAAUCAAUAUGGGGAAUGGUUUUCACUCUUUUAUGUGUUCUUUUCUCUCAAUCAUCUUUUAUAUAAGUAUUAUUUUAUUUUACUUUGCAUAUAUACACGUUUUAAUGUUCCUUUUAAAUUUUCCAUGAACUUCUCAAGUGACUGAAAAUAGUUUGCAUAAAAAACCACGGAGAGUAACUCAGACAAUCCACCAUCACAUAUAGUUUUUAUUUACCCCCCCCCCCCCCCCGGCUCCUCUUUCUUUUCCAAAACUGUAUGGUGUUUUCCUUGUGGACGUUUUACUCACCGUUGGAUGGACUAUAUGAAAAAUAGACUUACAUAGCUUGUUAGUUUAAGGUUAGUUACGGAAUGAUUUCAAAUCGAAUGUAAUUUAUUAAGGUGGCUUCAGCUCUGCUGCGGGUUCCUCGGAGGGCCGGAGCUCACGAGAAAACACAAAAACCGUCUGUGCACGAGGACCGAACCUUGACGCGGCGCCGAGCUGCGACGUCUGGUCCUGGUCACCGCCUUGCCCCGGGGGCGCCACCCGUACGGGACCGCAGGUCUCAGUCUGGGCGAAGCCGUAGAACCGCUUUUCUUAUGUAUAAAAGCUGUAUUGUAUAGGUCACAUUCUGCAAAAAUAUACUUUCCUUUAGAUUGUCGCAUAUUAUAACAGUUUUUGAUUUGUUGCCGUGGCAACCCGAGGUUGCAAUAAUGAAGACCGUAUUUUUGUAGGUGUCUUUUUAUUUCUCUUCACCCUUGAUAACGUUAGAUUGUACUGCCGGAAAUUUGACUUUUCUCGCGUCGGGAGUUAGCCUUCCAGUACCUGAAAGUGUGUCUGGACGUUUCGUUUUGUGUUCAGUAUAUAGUUUUAAUGGCAUGUUAACAUCGUGCGGUAAAAAAAAAAGAAAAAAAAAAGCAUAACUCGGCCCACAAAGAAACCUGUCCGCGUACAGGAAGUGGCAGAUGCGGAAGUGGAGGGGUUUGAGUCAGUGGUUCAGUAGCUCUUUAGAAGUGCACUUUUGUUCCCAGAAUAUAAUUCUUUUCAAAUUGUAGGUUUUUGUAUAUGUAUGACAAUUUUUGACCUAAUUUAUUUCAACUGCAAACGAAAGGCAUAAUUCACAAUGAAACUGCAGGUAUUUAAAAUCGGACGUUCGUUGGAAUCUUUUUUUUUUUUUUUCAUUUUAGUAAAAAAUGCCCGAACGUCCAGGAGGUUACAUCCGCACACGUGCACCAUUUGAAAAAAAAGUUUAGCUCGCCCUGUCAAAAGAAGUAUGGACAGUCCGAAUGUUUGCUCUCGCUGACCCGAUGGAAAUAUCCUUAAGCACUUUCUGAGCAGUUGGUUCAACUGAGCAGACAGUUCUUUUGUGAACUUUGCCUUACCUUUUGAUCUGUUCAGUUUCAGCUUUUGUAUGUGUCUCAUUUAGUUUUUAUAAUUGACGAUAUAUAAAUUCCGUAAGUCUGUUAGAGUUCAGUAGGCUGUUCUGUGAAAGUAUCACUAUAAAAGUUGUUGAGUCUGAGGCCAAAAUGGUAGAUUGUAAAACGGAUAUACCGACACUCUUGUGAGAGGAGCCUGAUGGAUGCUGGGGGGGGGGGGGGAGGCUGGUGGGCUCUUCUGGGUGGCUGUGCUAAAAGCUAAGCAGAUGUCAAAACUGUGCCAGUGCCACUUGGAUCCACCGGAAACACCAUGGACUGGGCCUAAGUAUAAGAUUUUACUCAUUUUAAAUCUGUUCAUGUGAGGACUUUAAAUAUUUUAUUUGUGGAUGAUGAUUAUAUGUUCUUUUGAUGUAAAUAGUUUUGUUUCAGUAAGUCAGAAAUUGUGUAAAAUCUAAUGUUUAAAAAAAAGAAUAAAAUUUAUGUAA